CACAAACUAUAUCCGUCACAAAUCCCAAUUACCAUCCCGUUUGGCCUCCGCAGAGACCAUUGAGCUCCCUCAGUCUCCUCGAAACGUGUACGAUCCACAACGCUUCCACAAUGCCCUUUCGCACCGCCACGCUGCUCUUCCGCCGAGCUCCCGCACUGCCCUCGAUAACAACGCGUCGCGCGCUCGCGUCGACUCCCAGUUUGCGCUUAAAGGAGGACGCCGAUCGCUCGCCUGAACAAAUAGAGAUGAAGAAGCAGGAGCAAUUGAAGAAGCAGGAACGCGGCGAGGGCCACUGGCAUGAGGAGCUGGCAAGUCGCACGGAGAGUGACAUCGCGGCAGACAGGCAGGAGAAGCACGUGGAGGAUCACGAUGAACACAUGAAUGAGCUUCAGAAACAAACCGCAAAGAAGGGUGAGAAAGGAGAGCUCGAGCUUGCGCAUACAAAUUCCUGCUGCCUUAUGUAUAUGAUUAUUGCAUAG